AUGGCUCUGAUAAGCUUCAUUGAAGUCUCAAUUUAUUUCCUUUGUUUCUCCUUUCUCUUUGCAUAUUUCUUGAUUAGCAAGAAACCUCACCCUUCCUUUCCCACGAACUGGCCUUUCCUCGGUAUGCUUCCGGGUUUACUCGUAGAGAUACAUCGUGUUUACGACUAUAUAACCGAACUUCUCGAGGCCUCAAACUUAACUUACCCUUUCAGAGGCCCCUGCUUCGGGGGCCUCGACAUGUUGAUCACCGUUGAUCCAGCUAAUAUUCAUCACAUCAUGAGCUCAAACUUUGCGAAUUACCCGAAAGGAUCCGAGUUCAAGAAGAUAUUCGAUGUUUUGGGAGAUGGGAUUUUCAACGUGGAUUCUGAGUUAUGGAAGGAUCUGAGGAAAUCAGCUCAAAGCAUGAUGAGUCAUCCAGAGUUUCAAAGGUUUACGCUAAGAACAAGCAUACGUAAGCUAGAGAAAGGGCUAGUCCCACUUCUUGAUCAUGUUGCUGAGAAGAAACUAGUGGUUGACUUACAAGAUGUGUUCCAAAGAUUCACGUUCGACACUACGUUUGUUUUAGCGACCGGGUUUGAUCCAGGGUGUCUCACGAUUGAAAUGCCGGAAAUCGAGUUCUCUAGAGCUUUAGACGAAGCAGAGGAAGCGAUUUUCUUCCGACAUGUCAAGCCGGAGAAGGUUUGGAUGAUGCAAAGAUUGAUUGGGGUUGGAGAUGAAUUGAAGAUGAAAAAAGCUCACUCGACUUUCGACCGUGUCUGCUCCAAGUGCAUUGCUUCUAAGAGAGAUGAAAUAGCUCGUGGGGUUAUGAACGUCGACUCGUCUUCUAAAGAUUUGUUGACAUCUUACAUGAAUGUGGAUACAACCAAAUACAAGUUGUUGGAUCCAAGUAAUGAUAGAUUCCUCAGAGACAUGAUCUUAAGCUUCAUGUUAGCAGGUAGAGACACUACAGGCUCUGCUCUCACUUGGUUCUUUUGGCUUCUCUCCAAGAAUCCAAAAGUAACGACCAAGAUACGUCAGGAAAUCAACACAAAACUAUCUCCAAGAACCAAUAAUGAUUCUGAUUUUGAUUCAUUCAAUCCCCAAGAGUUAAACAAGUUGGUGUAUUUACAUGGUGCGUUGUGUGAAGCACUCAGGCUAUAUCCACCGGUUCCAUUUCAACACAAAUCUCCAACAAAACCCGAUGUUCUUCCGAGCGGACACAGAGUCGAUCCCAGUUCGAAGAUUGUGUUCUGUCUUUACUCAUUAGGGAGAAUGAAAUCUGUUUGGGGAGAAGAUGCAUCGGAAUUUAAACCGGAGAGGUGGAUUUCGGAGAGUGGAAGGUUGAUACAUGUGCCAUCUUUUAAGUUCUUAUCGUUCAACGCCGGUCCACGGACUUGUUUGGGGAAAGAAGUGGCUAUGACGCAGAUGAAGACAGUGGCUGUGAAAAUCAUACAAAACUAUGAGAUAAAGAUCAUUGAAGGACACAAGAUUGAGCCAGUUCCUUCCGUUAUUCUUCACAUGAAGCAUGGUCUUAAAGUCCUAGUCACUAAGAGAUGUAAUUUGGUCUGA